AUGUCUCCAUCUGCCAUCAUCGCACCCUCCAUUCUCUCCGCGGACUUCGCAGCGCUGGGAAAAGCAUGUUCAGACACAAUUGGGCAAGGUGCUGAUUGGCUACAUGUGGACAUAAUGGAUGGGCAUUUCGUGCCCAAUAUCACAUUCGGGGCACCGGUCGUGACCAAGAUUCGAAGCCAUGUGCAGAAGCCGACGACCAAACACGGAAAGGGGACUUUUGACUGCCAUAUGAUGAUUGCAGAGCCAAAGAAAUGGGUCAAGGAGUUCCAAAAGGCUGGAUGCGAUUUAUAUUGUUUCCACUAUGAAGCCGCUAUCUCUAGCACGGCAGCCGAAAGCCCCGAGGCUACGAGCGAAUCGAAGACGAAUCCAAAGGAAAUGAUUAGAUAUAUUCAUGACUGCGGCAUGUUGGCUGGGAUUGCGAUCAAGCCUGAGACGAAGGUUGAUGUUUUGUGGGACAUUCUGGAGAGUCCAGAUGAGAAAGACCGUCCAGAUAUGGUUCUGGUUAUGACGGUUCAUCCAGGAUUUGGUGGACAGAAGUUUAUGGCAUCCGAACUGCCCAAGGUCGCAGAACUUAGAAAACGAUACCCGGAUCUGAACAUCGAGGUCGAUGGUGGAUUGGGACCUGGAACCAUUGACCAGGCUGCUGACGCUGGAGCAAACGUGAUUGUGGCUGGGAGUGCUGUGUUUGGGGCAAAGGACCCCGCAGAUGUGAUUUCCAAGUUGAGAGAAGCAGUCGAGAAGAGAAGAGGGAAACUGUGA